GUUGAUUGUCGUCGUCGUGGUCGUCGUCGUCGCUCGUACGUCAAUGGCAGCUGUUUUUUUUUGACAUAGCAGUCGACUGAAAGGAAAAACAUUGACGUUCGACUUAACUUACCAAUUCAUAUUACAAUUAACAUGCAACUCAUUGGACGCUAAUUACACUGAUUUCUCUCUCCCUCUUUUUUAUUUGUUAUCCUUGAGGAAUCUUUUUCAAAAUGGAAGAAGUGGCUGCCAACACUGAUGAGAGUUAUGACAGUUUUGAGGACCAAAAUUAUGAUGAACGUCCAACUGAAAGAUGGGCUCCACUUGGGGCUUCAGUAAGCCCAGCUCCCUCAACUAUAGAAAACGGUGGUGUCAUGCUAACUGAAUCAGAGCAACUGCGACAGCUGGAAGAACAACAAGAACAACUCAACUCCUACUUGCAGGCUUUAACUACUCAUUUUGCUCAGGUGCAGUUCCGUUUGAAACAGACCGUAAAUGCCCCACCUGAAGAAAAAGAAGUUCUAUUAAAAGAGUUGGAACAACUCGCUUUCCAAGGCGUUCCGGAUGUAGUUGGAUGUAUGCUGCCUGUCGGAUGUGACAAUGAUGAUGAUAUGAAUGACAAUGAGCGGGGAAUUAAAAUAAAUGAACAGCGGGAAAAACAGAAAGAAUUAAUCAAUCAACUGAAAAUGCAGCUGGAAGACUUGGAGUUAUACGCAUAUAAAAAUGGUGAAGCUGGACUCCCGACUAGUCAGAUGAUGGAGAAGCAACGAAUACUUAUUGACCAACUCAAGAACAAACUGGACUUAAAGCUAGAGAAUUUUGACCACUUAAGUUCAGAUCAACUGAAAGAAAUUGUAGACAAUGCCAUUGGGCAGAUUGUUAAUCCUGCUAAAGUGAAAGGGAAACUUGUUGACCAGCUCAAAACACAGAUUACAGAUUUAGAAAGAUUUAUUCAGUUUUUGCAAGGGGAAGCUACAAGCCCAGGUCCUCUAGGAAAGGAACGGUGUACAUGUUCUGUACAUAGCAAGACAUUUUCUUCUGUUGAUAUGAAAGAUUCUGCUCAAAGUUCAAACCACAAGCGGGGAUUGUCUGAUAACGCUACUACAGAAAAUCUACGCCAGACAACAUUAACUUUAAUGAAGAAAGCAUUAGCUUUACUACAAGUCUUUGCUAUCACUCAGUUAGGAUGUGGCACCCAGGAAUUUCAGAAGAAUCUAUUGAAACGGACAACCAAAGGAAACCAUUGGGGAGACCUUCGUGCUCAGUUAGAAAUCAGUAUCAACAAAGUGUUGAAAGUGGCAGCUGAGGAGGAAAUCCUGAUCCCUAACAGCAGUGAUUUUGACAGUGAAAGUGAUGAGGAUCCAUUACCCCAAAGUAGUCCAGCUGUGACUCAAGCAGUUCGUAGGGAGCUAGCAAUGUCUAUUCGUGAUUUAAUGCAGCACGGGUUAGUUGAGCUUGGUCAAAGCAACAGUCUUGUGACAUGGGGCUGUUUUCCAAACAGGUCAUCUGGCACCACCAAAUUGAUGCAUGCAUGGGAUCUCCUACUAAAGUUCUAUGAAAUGAAGCAUGGUAAAGAAUAUAAUGAAUCUCCGGCACGAAAGCUGUCACAAUCCUUCCAUUUAGACAUUGUGGGCGGCAAACCCAUCACAGCAAAACAAACGCUUCUUGGAGCCAUUGAUACCAUUAUUCAGUCACACACACCUUUGAAACGGUCAGAGGAUUCACAUUUCAAAGCAUUCAUCUGUUUGGCAUUAAAUGAGAAAAAGUUGGUUACUUGGCUGAAGCUUUUAUUCCGAACUCAAUUCUUAGUUGAUUAUUAUUACCAAGACUGGAGUUAUGUAGCCAGAACUGGUUUUGACGAUACCCUUAAAUCCUUGGAACCGCUCAAUUCUAUCAACUUCAAACUCCCUGUUGACAUUGCUGUUCGUCCUUUCAGUAAAAUCAAGGAUGCUUUUUAAAAGAACUUUUAGUGAAUUAAAAAAAAAAAGACCAAAAAAAAAAAACAGAAAAAAAUGCCCCUGUUGGCA